AUGUCCGAAGUUGAUCUUAACGACAAAGUGUUUGGUUGGAAGGCCAAGGUAAGCCAGACUUGAGCGGAAGAACUCACGGAAGAAUUUUUAUCUUUUUUAGAAAAUUUUCUCAUGAAAUGUGAUCAACUGUCGAAAUGUAUAGCAAAGUGAACUCUGUUCAUAGAAAAAUAAUUGUAAAUUUAACUUUUCAUACAAAAAAGUUAUUCCUUCCGUCUUCCGUUAGCCCUCCUUUUUUCACGGAACAACUUUUUUUUGUAUAAAAAGCUAAAUUUACAAUUAUUUUUCUAUGAGCAGAGUUCACUUUGCUAUACAUUUCGUCAGUUGAUCACAUUCCAUGAAAAAAUUUUCUAAAAAAGAUAAAAAUUCUUCCGCUCAACUCUGGUAGGUACCGUACACCUUUUCGGAUAUUGUAGAACCACUUUUACGCGGUGUUCGCCUUCAACUCUUCGCUCUGUCUCCUUCUCCUCCUCGCCUUCAUCGAUUGGUAACGAGGAUUACUGUACUCGACUAGUACAGUACUUUUUCAGGAUUUUCCUCCCAAACGACACGCCCGCCGGCGUUCGCUAUUAUAUUUUCGGGUUUUUCAUCUCUAUUCCUAUUGGGGUUUGAAAAUCAAUUGGAAACGUGCUUUGGGCUAAUUUUGUAAAAACUUCCAGAUACUUUUCAACUCGUUCACCCUCAUCCUUUCGCUUUGUCCGAAUGUGUACUGGUACGGUUUUCUGGCGCUUUUUGCGGUUCGUAAUGAAUUUCAGGUAUUGUCGAGUAAGAGAAAAUGUGAUUUAGGGUCUCGCCGCGAUCAUCAAAGUGGGCUAUGGGACGUGGAAAGCGGCGACGAUUGGCUACGAGGAAAUGUUCGAAAAUGAGACUGUCAGCAACGUUUUCAAGUAUUACAAGUGUAAGUUAUUGUGGGAUUACUGUACUUCUCCGAAAAGUUACAGUAGUUACAAUAGUCUGAACUUUGAAGGACCAUAUCUUGAGAACCAUUGAUUGUAUCAAAAAUUGGUCAACUAGAAAAUUGAUAGAAAUUUUAUGCUGAACAACUUUGUAAUUGACAAUUUUGCAUUAAAACGCUUGAUUUUUGAGUUAUGACUUUUUUUGUAAACAGUAUAAUAAUCGUCUUCCAGGCGGGACCUGGGCCAUCGGAAUCCUACAAUACUUCACCACAGUCUCCGCCUUGUACUUCACGGCUGUUUUGCUCAAGCUCAGGUGCCUACAGUCCCGCCAUAGAAGCCUACAAUAUCUUAACUUUUCAGUUUCUUCUACACCCCAAAACCCCGCGUCGACCUGCAUUCUGUUCAAAUCCGGCCGCCCGUCAAAGUGCACAAAUCAUCGGAAUCCGAUGAGGCUCCAGAAGUGGUCCCAAAAAGAUCGUCGACGAGUUUGGGGCCGAUUCAAAAGUCGCAAAAAAAGUUCCAGAAAAGCCAAUCGGGAUCGGAUUCCGGAAGUGAAAAGUACGUGAAUUCGAAGCGGUCCGAUCGGGUUCCGAAGAAAAAGAAGAAGAAGAAGGAGAAGGAGGCGGUCCCAGUGGAUCAGGAGGAACAUGAGUUUGACGGGAGACUCAUCGCACUUUGA